CGGGCAUAUAAGGGUACCGCCUUCGCGUGUCUUUCAGCUUUUUCAAAUUUCUUUUCUCGUUGUCGCAGUCAUGUCUGGUCGUGGCAAAGGAGGAAAAGGUCUAGGUAAAGGCGGCGCAAAGCGUCACCGUAAGGUCCUGCGAGACAACAUCCAGGGCAUUACCAAGCCAGCCAUCCGGCGCCUUGCUCGUCGUGGCGGCGUCAAACGCAUUUCUGGCCUCAUCUAUGAGGAGACUCGCGGCGUUCUGAAGGUGUUUCUGGAGAACGUGAUCCGUGACGCGGUCACUUACACGGAGCACGCUAAGCGCAAGACCGUGACUGCGAUGGACGUGGUCUACGCUCUGAAGCGGCAGGGACGCACUCUGUACGGCUUCGCUGAAAACCGUAAUCAACUGCCUUGCUCAAAUCCAUCUUAUAUUAUUGGUCGAUUUCUAUUAUCUGAGGGUCAAGAACCCACUGCCAGUAUCGGACAGUGUGCAAAGGAAAACCAAAGGAGCUCUGUGAGUCCCCAACAGUGCUCAGAAAAGACAAACUUGUCGGAUGAUCUUCAGGGACCCAAAGCCUACACAUUUCCUACCCCUUUCGAUGUCGCGCAGACUGGAAUUCACUGGCAUUUACUUGGAGCUGGUGUACUUGGUGACGGCCUUGGUGCCCUCCGACACCGCGUGCUUGGCCAGCUCCCCGGGCAGCAGCAGGCGCACGGCCGUCUGGAUCUCCCUGGAGGUGAUGGUCGAGCGCUUGUUGUAAUGCGCCAGGCGGGAAGCCUCGCCCGCGAUGCGCUCGAAGAUGUCGUUGACGAAGGAGUUCAUGAUGCCCAUGGCCUUGGAGGAGAUGCCGGUGUCGGGGUGGACCUGCUUCAGCACCUUGUACACGAAGCCACAAUGUCUGGACGUGGAAAACAAGGCGGCAAAGCCCGGGCAAAAGCUAAAACGCGUUCUUCCAGGGCCGGGCUUCAGUUUCCCGUUGGCCGUGUGCACCGUCUGCUCCGCAAGGGCAAUUACUCGGAACGAGUCGGGGCUGGCGCGCCGGUCUACCUGGCGGCGGUGUUGGAGUAUCUGACUGCAGAGAUCUUGGAACUCGCUGGCAACGCGGCCCGCGACAACAAGAAAACCCGCAUCAUCCCGCGCCACCUGCAGCUGGCCAUCCGCAACGACGAGGAGCUUAAUAAGCUUCUAGGUCGCGUGACUAUCGCACAGGGCGGUGUCCUGCCCAACAUCCAAGCCAGGGGUAAGCCGGUUUUCCUAAUCUACUUGCUUCUGAGGCCAGUGAUGGCGCGUACUAAGCAGACUGCCCGGAAAUCUACCGGCGGUAAAGCGCCGCGCAAGCAGCUGGCAACCAAGGCGGCGCGUAAGAGCGCUCCGGCAACCGGCGGCGUGAAGAAGCCCCACCGCUACCGCCCCGGUACUGUGGCUCUGCGCGAGAUCCGUCGGUACCAGAAGUCCACCGAGCUGUUAAUUCGGAAGUUGCCGUUUCAGCGCCUGGUGCGAGAAAUCGCUCAAGACUUCAAGACCGACCUGCGCUUUCAAAGUUCGGCCGUGAUGGCGCUGCAGGAGGCCUGCGAGGCCUACUUGGUAGGGCUUUUUGAAGACACCAACCUUUUGCUUGUGGUCAUGUCUGGCAGAGGGAAAGGAGGUAAAGGCUUGGGAAAGGGAGGCGCCAAGCGGCACCGGAAAGUGCUGCGUGACAACAUCCAGGGCAUCACCAAGCCCGCCAUCCGGCGCCUGGCCCGACGCGGCGGCGUAAAGCGCAUCUCGGGCCUUAUUUAUGAGGAGACCCGCGGGGUGCUCAAGGUGUUUCUGGAGAACGUGAUCCGGGACGCCGUGACCUACACGGAGCACGCCAAGCGCAAGACGGUCACCGCCAUGGACGUGGUGUACGCGCUCAAGCGCCAGGGCCGCACCCUCUACGGCUUCGGCGGCUGAGCCUCAUUCUGGCUUGCUGUUGACUGCUCUCCCACAAAAGGCCCUUUUCAGGGCCACCUCCUUCCUCACACGAAGGGCCGUAACUGCUCACCACGAAGACGUAGGCGAUCCCUGGGGCAAGCCAGCUGCUUCUUAUGAAGAGGUGCAAGUGGACAGGAACUGAGGUCUCCAGCCAACAGACAGAGAGGAGCUGAGGCCUGCCAGGAGCCAUGGAAAAUCCUUGCUCAGAGUCCAGCGCCUCCUUCCUGUCCAGGAUCACCUUCUGGUGGAUCACAGGAGUUGUCUUGAAUCUGCCUGUGCUGGCCAUGUGGUCUCAGACACCAACUGUAUCCCCCAAGUCCAUCACCUUGAAUGUGAUAAACACAUGAGCCACGAGCAGCUUAAAUCUCUGCAGAAGGCUUGGUCUGGGAAAGCUAUACACUGGACUGCUCUUGCUUUAGCUUCAGAUUUGGGUUAUAUUUAUAUAUUUUAUUUGUUGCCUAGACAUCAUGUUCAACCUGACAGAUUUGGGUUUUUUUAAUAUUAGGUAUAGUUAUUGUUGACAUUGUUCCCCUCCCAUCCCCCACUCCUUAGAAAAAUAAUACUGUCUCACCUAGGAAAUAUGGGUUUAAAAAUCACAUGUGCAGGUCAGUAGUAAGGAAACACGCAGAAGCAACCAUUGUCACUGUUUUAGUAUGUCUCCUUCUGGUUUUCUUUUCUUUUUGAGAUGGAGUCUCACUCUGUCUGUCUCCCAGGCUGGAGUCGAGUGGCGCGAUCUCA